AUGAAUUUAAUCAAAAAAAUGUUCAAGAAUCAAUUUAUAACUUAGAUUAUUUGAUACUUGAUACUUUACCUACAAUCGAGUCUUCAAUAAAUUCAAAUCAAGAUUCGAAUUUGGAUAAAAAUAUCAAUACUGAUAACACUAUACCCAUAUCAGAAUCUUCACAUCCAA